GCUCCCAAAUCCGCACCGCUCCCGUGCUCUCCCCUCCUCUCCUCUCAAAACCCUCCACGGCGGCGGCGGCGGCGCGUCCUCUCCGGCGAGCCCUGGUCCCCGUCGUCCUCCGUAGGGAAAUAUGGAUGGGCACACCGAGAGUCCUGUGGAGCAUGACAUGAGUGGGAUUGCCAACGAGGAGCAGGCCAUUCCUCUCGGCGAUGUGCCAGAGCAGUACAAGGAAGAUCCAGAGAAUACAUAUGAUGAAGAAUCCAAAGACCCAAGCUAUGAAGAAUCAGGGAUCCCAUACAAUGAAGACCAGCUGGACAUGAAUGAUGGAAAUGCGGGGCAUCAGAAUGAAGAGGACCAAGCUAUCCCCUCAGAAGAAGCUUUGGGAGAGCAGCAGGGCAAUGCAGAAAAUGAUGACAAGAAAUGGCCUGGUUGGCCUGGAGAAAGUGUGUUUCGUAUACUGGUUGCAGCCCAAAAAGUUGGUGCCGUCAUUGGUCGAAAAGGGGAAUUUAUCAAAAAAAUGUGUGAGGAAUCCAGAGCUCGCAUCAAGGUGCUUGAUGGACCACCAGGGGUACCAGAUAGAGCUGUAAUGAUUUCAGCAAAGGAUGAACCAGAUGCACUAGUACCUCCUGCUGUUGAUGGACUGCUUAGAGUUCACAAGCGGAUAACAGAUGGUUUAGAUGUUGAACCUGAUCAACCUCAACGUGCUGCAGCUGGAGGACCAACACGGCUACUGGUGCCAGCUUCUCAAGCUGGCAGUCUGAUUGGCAAACAAGGAGCAACCAUUAAAUCCAUACAGGAUGCUUCGAAGUGUGUUCUCCGAAUUCUUGAAAGUGUACCACCUGUUGCAUUAAGUGAUGACCGAGUUGUUGAGAUACAAGGUGAACCUACAGAUGUUCACAAAGCAGUGGAACUGAUUGCAAGCCACUUAAGAAAAUUUCUUGUUGAUCGCAGUGUUCUCCCUUUGUUUGAAAUGCAGAUGAAAGUGCACAGUGCACACAGAGAGCAACCUAUGCCACCUCCUCAGACGUGGGGUCCUCCUCCACCUUGGGGUCAUCCAUCAAACCUUCCUCCUGGUGGCCCGGGUUAUGCUGGGAAUCCACAGUUCAUGCCUCCGCGGCCUCAAGACCACUAUUAUCCUCCUCCUGAUGUGCCUCCUGUGGAGAAGCAACCACACUAUGGAAUUUCUUCAUAUGGCCGUGAUGCACCUCCUAGUGGCGCUCCCCCUGCCUCAGGGAAUCAGCACACACCACAUGGCUCUUCUCAAGUGACCCACAGUAUGCAAGUUCCUCUUUCCUACGCUGAUGCCGUCAUUGGGGCAGCUGGUGCCAGUAUCAGCUACAUCCGCAGGCAUAGUGGUGCAACAAUAAGCAUUCAAGAAGGUGUUCCUGGAGAAAUGACGGUGGAGAUAACAGGAAGUGCUUCACAAGUUCAAACUGCUCAGCAACUGAUCAAGAAUUUCAUGGCUGAAGCAUCUCCCCAAGGCCCCCCACAGGCUCCUGCUCCACCUUCUCAACCAGUCGACGCGGGCUACAGCUCCUACCCACCAUACGGAGGAACAUCAUACGGAUCCCCCCCUGGCAGCGCAGGUCCUCACAACGGAGGAAGCUAUGGCGGCGCACCACCCUACCCUCCGAGCUACGGAUACUAGUUGCGCCCAGGCUUUAGAGUGUGGGAUCUUUUGGUUUUGUUGGUUCUCAUCUGUCUCGAAGAACUCUCAGAUUAUUGGUUGUUAGGACUUCCCUGAACUUUUCAGUGGUGCAGACUGCUUUCUGACGGCGGCACCAACUGUUUCCUGUUUCCUCA